AUAAUAUUAUUGAAGAAUUAUAUUUAUUAGAUAUACAUGAUAAUCAAUUAUUUAAUACUUUUUUUCAUAAUCAAAAAACAUAUCCAUAUACACCAAAUCAAUUAGAUUAUUUAAUUAAAAAAAGUAGUUUAUUUUUAUUAGAAUAUUUUCAAAAUAUUUUUCAAAAUAUAGGAAAAAGCAAAAUAAUUAAAACUAAAAAUAAUAUUAGAUUUUUUAUGGCAACAUUAGAUGAAAUUCUUAGUCUUAAAUGUUUGUCAACUGGUUAUCAUACAGCUCAUUUACCAUUAGUAGAUGCUUGUGAUCAUUGUAUAAUUCCAAUUAGACAUUCAACAGGCCAAAUAAAUAUUU